CGCCUCGAAACUCCGUCCUCCUCCCCCUACCCCCGCCUCUCGAUCGCCAUCGCCGUUUCCGUUCUUCCCCAUCUCAACAUCGCGCCCCCGCUGUCUCCACCCCGUCCGCGAUUUCUGGCCAUUGGGUUUUGAGUAAUUGGCAAUUUCAGCUGUACCAUAAUCAUGAGUCUAGCUUGUCUAGUAUGCCAUGGCAUGAGCAGCCCCUCAAACUCUUUCAGAAGCUAUUCAGCCUCAAGCUCAGAGGGGGAAAACAGGUGUGGAGCUGCUGUUGCCUGCAUAUCGCGGCAAAUUUUGGCUACGGGAACUAAUAACCGCGUGGGAACGUCAAAGGUGACCCCUGCAAUGGCUACUGGACAAGGCAACGAGGGUGCUCCUCGCCUUCAACGGAGCCGUGCUGUUUCAAGGGAUCUUGUUAGAGACUGGAACUUCGACGAGAUAGUUGUUGAGAACUAGGGUAGGGUGCCAGCAGUUCUUCCCAGGCUGGACAUGGGACUAUUAUCUGGCAGUUUGUACAUUUUCUAGUAUACAUCUGGAUAUCUAUGUAGUAUAUCAGUACGCGUUCAAUCGAUCAGCAAAUUAUAUAUUAAGAGCAUGGGUUACUUAUAGAGACAACACCUGGCAUGUUAUAUAUAGUCACGAAUCUUACAUAUGAA